GCGAAGGAAAGGAGUUUCACUCUGAGCUCGUGAAUGGUCAUCAUCGUACUACACUUUCUAUUGGCCCGUCUGGCUCCUAAAGCAUCCCGAUAUAGACAGCACUCACCCGGGAUUCUGUUGGCCUUUCUUUCUUUCUUUCUUUCUUUUUUAUUUUGCUCUCCUCUGCAGCCCAUGCAAGGCUGCUGCAACACCUACAUCCAGGUUUUAAUCAUCAGACAAUCAUCACUGCCUGCCUGCUGUCUGCUGCUCAAAUGUUGGGAGACAAGGCUCACGGUGUGACUUUAAAGGUGAUGGAGUACACAUACGACGAGGACCUGGAAGAGCUGUGUCCUGUGUGCGGAGACAAAGUGUCUGGAUACCACUACGGCCUGCUCACCUGUGAGAGCUGCAAGGGCUUCUUCAAGAGGACAGUGCAGAACAACAAGAGGUACACGUGUGCGGAGAACCAGGAGUGUAAAAUAGACAAGACCCAGAGGAAAAGAUGUCCCUUCUGUCGGUUCCAGAAAUGCCUCAGUGUUGGGAUGCGGCUGGAAGCGGUGCGUGCAGACCGCAUGCGUGGGGGUAGGAAUAAAUUUGGCCCCAUGUACAAGAGAGACAGGGCCUUGAAACAGCAGAAGAAAGCUUUGAUACGAUCCAACGGUUUCAAGUUGGAGAGCGCGGCUCCUCCGCCAGCCUCUCCUCUGCAGGCAGACUACGGCUUCACUGGCACCUUGCACACCCUUCCCACCAUCUCUAAAAGCCUGCUCCCCUCCACCCCGAGCUCCAUCACUCCCACAGACUACGAGGCUAAUCUCUACGGACCCCCGUCUUUGGGUAUGGCCAUGCAGUCACACGUGCCCCUCACCACCCAGUACCAGUACACAGCCUUUCCCGGAAGGGCGAUUAAAGCCGAGUGUCCCGACUACACCAGCUCCCCUGAGACUCUUACAGGAUACCCUUACCCAGACAUGUACCCCUCAGCCUCGCCGCAACCCCCCAGCCUGCCGCCACUGGUUCUGGAGCUGCUGCGCUGUGACCCGGACGAGCUGGUCGUCCAGAACAAGAUUGUGACUCACCUGCAACAGGAGCAAAACGGCCGGGGUCGGCUGGAAAAGCCCAGCACCUUCAGCCUCAUGUGUCGGAUGGCAGACCAGACUCUGUUCUCCAUAGUGGAGUGGGCUCGGAGCUGCAUCUUCUUUAAGGAGCUGAGGGUGGGAGAUCAAAUGAAGCUGCUUCAUAACUGCUGGUCUGAACUGCUCGUCCUGGAUCACAUUUUCAGACAAGUGCAACACGCAAAGGAAGACAGCAUUCUGCUGGUGACCGGCCAGGAGGUGGAGCUGUCAUCCAUCCUGUCUCAGGCUGAGGGGACACUCUCCAGUCUGGUCCAAAGAGGUCAGGAGCUGGCAGCGAGGCUGCGGGUGCUGCAGGUCGACCGCAGAGAGAUCGCCUGUCUGAAAUUCCUCCUCCUUUUCAACCCAAAUGUAAAAUUGCUGGAGAACCAGGCGUUUGUGGAGGGCGUCCAGGAGCAGGUGAACGCUGCUCUGCUGGAGUACACCCUGUCUGCCUACCCUCAGUUCCAAGAGAAGUUCAGCCAGCUGCUGGUACGGUUGCCGGAGCUGCGCUCCCUCAGCACGCAGGCCGAGGACUACCUAUGCUACAUGCACGUGAGUGGAGAGGUGCCCUGCAACAACCUGCUGAUCGAGAUGCUGCACGCUAAGAGGGCGUGUGUGUGAGGAGCGUGAGCAGGACGCUCCGCCACCAUAUAUUAUUUGUCUAGGUGAGAGUGUGUGUGGACGGAAAAGAGCGAGUGACGAAAAUGUUGAAUGACACUAGACAGGUUCCCCCGGGUCACCUUUGUGGCACUUUUUAUGUUUUGAGUUGGAUGGAAAAAAAGUUCCUUAAAGUUUGGUAAUAUAAAGCUGCGUGUGUGCUCACCGGUAGUUUGGAGAUUUUGAAUAUUAAUGUUUUCAUGUCCUGCAGAGCUACAUUAACGUGACCUUAUACCUAUAAACUGGAUUUUCUAACUUGUUUUCAAGCAUCUAAAGUUCGACCUGCGUAUAGAGUUACAUUCUAUCUAUUUUGAGCAAAUAUACCAUGAAUUCCACAGAGCUGCCCAUCAAACAGUUACUCUUUAGAUACACGUCAUUCAUUGCCACCUUUUUCAAUCUGUAACAUUCACACCCAAAAUAUCUUUGUCAUAUCGCUACCAAAUUUUGACAAGGCCUUCUGCAUGAAAUUUGCAGUCACAUCACUGGAUGGAGGUAUUUGCUGGAUGAGCAAAUGUUUACUUUUUACAGCAAAUAUUUGUUUUCUCUUUCCAAAGUAAUAUUUUAAUAUCUGAAUGAGACGUUUUUGAUUCCAGUAUCUGAUGCUACAUCCUAGAUGCUUAUCCUAGAUUAUCUUUAUUAUUUUGAUGAUGUCAUGUCGUCAGACUAGAGUAGCACUGCUAGAGAAGCCCAACAGACAUAAAUAAAGUUUAGUUUAAAUCUAUCUAGAUGUUAAUAUAUUGAUAAAUGCCAAGGCAGUCUUGAGAAAAACACAUUAAGUGUUUUAUCAAACAACAAGAAGAGAAAGUGAGAGAGAGGCAGAGAAGAGAGAGACAAACAAAGCAGGAGAUAAAAGAGAGAAACUGUACACAGCGAAGCUUUGGAGCCGACAGGAGCUACAAUAGACGCAUCAAUGUGCACUUGGUAAUGACAAUGACAGCAAACACGUGAGAAGCACGUCUGUGAUGUUUGUCCUUCGGCUCAGUCCGUAAAGAUGCAGGGAAGUAAAAGGUGCAUCUGGUCACAUUUGGCUCAUCCAUGCGAGUCACGUGCUCAUUCACACUGGUGUCACUUUUCAACACAUCGGGCUACACGCCAUCCAGGAGCGAUGCGUCUCACGUGGAUUUUGAUCAGAUGAUCCAAACUUGUUGCUUUCAGUAAGUUCCUUUGUUUUCAGAAAAUUACAAAAGGAGGUGAAAACCCACAUCUCAGUAGCCCUCGACUGCUUUGUGCUUCUGAACUGAGGUUUAAAGAGUUUCAGUUUUCCUUGAAAAAACAUGAUUUGAGCAAACACACAAAACAAAUUUGUGAGGACUAUUUUCAGCCACCAUUGUCCAUGUGGUGGACGGUAGCAGGACAGGGGACUGUUAUGUGACAUGUUAAAAGGAAUGUUUGUGUCCUGUGUCACGCUUAAAGGGGACCUGUUCUGUUCACUUAGAGAGUAGCUUUAAUUACAGUUACAAGUUAAUAUACAUUACCCUACUGGAUACACUCAAGCUCGUUUAGCCCCGCCCCCUUUAAAUGGUGGGUGGAGCUUCUGUGGUCACAGCCAGGUGACCAUGUUUGGGAUGCACACGUUCAAACGUAUUAAUAACUGAAUUAUUGGCAGCUUCUAAAAACAAAACACUGAAAAGUAUAAUAUUGUAUUAUUGUUGUACCUUGAUUUGGUGCUACAUAAAUAAAACUGAAGUGAAACAUAAGAGAAGGAUAUUAAUGAAUCUGGUUAAGCUCAGCUUCACUUAACAUGCUUGAAUAAAUAAUUACAGACGUAUACGUGUGUGUGAUGUCUCCUGGAACAGCGUCCAGUCAGAGGGAAAACAUUCAGGCUCACAGGGAUUUCUCUUUAUUUGACUUCAUUAUUUGAAUGUUUAAUAUGAACAUCCACCUCUGUAACAGGACACAAGACAAAAUAUAAAAUUGGAAACUCCACUAUACAUUCCCUUUAAGUGACGGCAAUAUUUAGAGAUAUCUGAUGACUUUGCUGAUGCAUUUGCUUGUUUGUUUGUUUUUAAAAUUAUGUAUAUAAACAAAAAUCAGGUGUUAUUCUCAUUUGUUGAAAUUUGACCUCCAAUUUUCAGGAUAAAUAGCUCAUUUGUUUAUUCAGCCUUAAGAAUGUUAGAAGUUAUUUAUCUUCAUUUUCCGCCCACUGCUCCAUUCUGAUGACAUCAUCACGGAUGUUGGUGACAGUGCUCAACGAGAGCGGCGAGACAAAGCUAGCUUACAACAAGCUGUACAGCUGACCUGUGGUUGUUGACGUGUUGCUUAGUGGGCAUUUCUCUUCAGAUUUAGCGAGCACUACGUGAAAGAGCAACGUGUGCAACAACUCGCGGAGCCAAACUUUGUACCACAAAGAAUAAUGACAGCGUGCUUUAAACCGAGGCAGUCGAGCAUCCACUGCAUCGCAGCCCUGAAGUCUGUGUUUGCAGCAUCAUCUGUGGCACUUCCUUUGUUCUGUCCCACGCUGGGUUAGGGUCUCACACAGUCAGAGUGACAGUGAGAGUUAAAAACAGUCAAAUGUUUUAAUGUUGUGCAGCUGUUUAAGAUCAUUUGUUAUUGGUCCACUGAUGUGGGCGUCGACAAUCACUCCUCCAGCCUUACCUUUACGUCUGUCACACCACCUGCACACACGCACACACACACACACACACUUAGUGUUCCAAUUGAGAUAGUUAUGUGUAAUCACUCUGUAUAGUAUAUUUAUGUUGUGAAGUGAAUAUCUGCUGCAAGAUAAAGAUACAUUUCAGCACAAAAAC